AUGGGCAGACACAACAAAGAAUACUCUCCCGUCUACUCUGACGAGAGGUCAGUCACCAGCCUGGAGGAUGUCGAGGUCGAACUCGCGGCAGCCCAGGAGCGGCAGCCAUCAAGACUAUCCAAGCUUGGGCUUUGGGCUGUCCACGCUGCAUUUAUGAUCGUCUACACGUCGAUCUUCAUCGUUUCGAUGUAUCAGAAGAACACAGUCUCUGGGGUUUUUGGUCUAUUGGAUUCACCACCGAACGCCAUUGGCGAGAAGACACAUCUCGAAGUCUUCCCGAUCCAGGGGCCGCCCCAUGGAAAAUACACGGGAGAACCGAGGCCUGAGGUAGAUCAGGCGUGGAAAGACUUGUUGCAGUACAACAACAUCAGAGUAUCAGAAGACUGGGUACACCGAUGGGGUCGGGAACACGAAGCUGUAAAGCUUCCCGACGGUGGCUAUCUUGGCAUGCUGAGUGUCUUCCAUGAGCUUCACUGCAUUGUAAGCAUUGCGCAGUCUCGGGGAAAGGGGGGGCAAGGUUGGACAGAGCUAACCAACCGACUCGGACAGAAACGACUCUACCAGACGCUGUCUCCAGAUUAUUACUUCCCCAACGCGACCGAGCGAGAGAUUGCGACGAACCGGGAGCACAACCAGCACUGCCUCGAGGUCCUCCGAAUGGGUGCGGCCUGUCGUGGCGACAUUUCCAUCAUCACUCACAUGUGGACCGACAUUGAUGCGCAGCCCAUCGUCAACCAGACGGCGCCACACCAGUGUGUUGACUUCGACAAGGUGAUGGAGUACUCCCGCGACAACACCGUAGACGUGUAUCAGGAGGACUACAUCGUCCACCCCAAGUUCGGCCCGUCAUUCCCCAAGGGAAACAGUAUCAAGCCUUUCAAGGGACAGGAAAUGGGACAUCACCACUAG